AUGUACGUCCUCCCACCACGAUCGCAUGACACCCAGCUAACACACCCCAGGCAAUCGCAUUCUGGCAAGAGUGCGUCUACUGCCCCCAAGCCCCCCUUCAUCCUAACACCUACCAGAUACCUCGAACGCGAAGAACUCACGGGCUACCCCAAAGCCUCCAUCGUCCUGCUCCGCCCCUCCAUGUCCUACAUGCUCAUGAACUCGGCCAACCCGCUCUCCCUCAAAGAAGUCCUCCCAAACUUCAACGGCACAACACACAUCUUCCUGCCCAUCAAUGACGCCGUCGACGUCACACAAGCCGAGGGCGGAUCCCACUGGUCGCUCCUGCUCGUCUCCAUCAUCGACGGCGUCGCCUUCCACUACGACUCCAUGUCCAACGCCAACGACCGCGAGGGGCGCAGCACAACUAUGAAGCUCGAGCAACUGCUCGGCAAGCGCCUGAGAUACAUACCCAUGAACGAUAGUCCGCAGCAGGAAAAUGGGAGCGAUUGCGGCGUGUUUGUGUGUGUGUUGAUGAGGCAUUUGCUACUCAAGAGGCUGCUGAGGGCGGAUGCGAGUCGCAAGAUUAGCAUGAGCAUGAGGGAUACGCAUGUCCAGGCCAAGGAUGGCAGGAGGACGAUGCUGAGGGUUAUUGAGGACAGGAAGAAGGAAGGCGAGAGGAGGAGGUCGCGGAGCCAUUCGCCGUAUCGGCCGAAGAGUUCGCAGAGCAAGAGUCCGCCGAGGAUUGGGGAGGAGAACGAGGAUCUCAGGUCGACUUGA